GAAAAAGAAAGAAAAAUAUUUCUUUUGAGAGGUGAUCUAUGAUGGGGAGAAACAGAGAAAUUUUGAUAGUGUUAUUGAAUGUAAUAAUAAUGAUGAUGGUGUUUGGAGGAGGGGGAGCCAACUUCCAAAUGUUCCAAAUGGUGCAGCAGUGGCCACCGGCUUAUUGCGCUACCUUCCCAAACGACUGCAACACAGCCCUGGCUCAGGCCACCACCAGGUUCACAAUACAUGGCUACUGGCCCAGUCUAGACAAUGGAGACCUGGUAACUCACUGUACAACACAUCAGCUCACCCUAGAAGAGAUUACGAAUGAAACAGCAGGACUAGAUCGGGAGUGGAUAACUUUCCAAAAAGGUUGGAAUAACUUCCAAUUUUGGAGUACACAGUGGAGCAAGCAUGGAACUUGCUCUGGUCUUACCCCAGCACUAUAUUUCGCAGCCGCUUUGGCUCUUAAGCAGCAAUAUGACCUGUAUGCAAUUCUAGGCACGCUUGCUCCAACCACCAGUUUCACUAAAAAAGUUGACCUCCGCCAACUUCAACGUGCCAUUUAUAGCCGUACCGUGACGGAGCCAGCUUUUCGGUGCAGCUUCGGAGAAAUUACUGAAGUGGUGUUGUGCGUCUCACCUGGGACUGCUGUAACUCUUUACGGUCCUCUUCAGAACUGCUCCGAUGAUGUAACUCUAAAAACUUGUUCUUUUAACCGCACCUACUUUUGGAGCCCGCAGAGGCCUCCAACACAUCGCACCGCCCCUUCCUUGGUCGCUUCUUCACUGUUCGGGGUUCCGCUUCGGCUUACUUGGGCUUUUGUUGCUGUCAUAUUAUUGUUCCUUGUCGCGGCGAGGGGGAAAUUGUUGCAGAUCUUCCAUCAUAUGAGGGGGAAAUUGUUGCAGAUCUUUCCUAAUAUGAGGACUGCUAGAGCUGAUCCAGUGAAGGAGGAUUGAGAGACUAUCAUCGAAGAAUAAUAUUCAGUCAACAUCCGUCUCUUCUUGGCCAUCGUUAAAAUUUUGAUAGCUAAAAAUGAGACUUUUUGUUUUUUGUUUUUUCAAAAAAGAUUAGUAGCGGUCAAAAUUUUAAUGUCGACAUGAAUAGGUGGGGAUCGGGUAUUGUUGGUAAUGAAAACCAACUGUAUGAUUUUUGAUUUUGUGUCGUUUAAUAUAAUUAUGUCAUGUAAUAUAAAUAACGUAGCUAGCUUGCUUGGGGCAGCUGCUAGCUACAUGCAAAUUAGAGACUUGUUUUUGAGUGUUUAAAUGAAACAUGGGUUUGCUUGAUGUUAAGAAA